AUGGUUUGGUUUCAGAACGCCCGCUCUCGAGAACGCAAAGGCAACGUGGGUCAGACCUCAAGCAGUAUUGCAACAAGUGACCAUAGCCGUGGGAACAUUUCAACUGAUUCUCAUGAGGCAAUUAAUCUAUUUCGGCCAACUCCAGAACUCACAAUUGGUGCCCUCAAGUUGGGUUCUAAGCUGGUGAAUGCGACGUCUAUAAAUGGAAGACCGGAGCAAAAAGCGGCAGAAGAAGGGGUGGAGGCUGAAGAAAUGGAGGAAGAGGAUCAAAGAAGUGACGGUGUAGAGGAGGGGGAGAUUAAAAAGGAAGGUGUUGAGGGUGCCAGUUUCCAUACGAGCUCCACGCCCAGCUUCCUGCCAAUGCUUCGAAUUUCAGACACUUCUGGACUCUCAUCUCCUUACCCGGUCCCUUGCAUGGCCCCUGCCACUUCUGCUGCUGGCCCCGGGGGCCAAUUUUUCCCAACUGGGCCAGAUUUUACAGGAACAGGUCCUCUUAUUGGCCUUCCUCGAGUCUAUCCAUCAAGCAUCGCCGCCAGUGGUACACUCGGAUACCCCCGUCUGCCACAUGGGCUACCAAGCCUCCCACUUUCUCUGCCCCCAUCUCAAAUGCUGCCAUUGCCGGACGAUGUAACGCUCCUCAUGCCAUCCCAUUCAGUAACUCGGCCAUUCGAUGAAACCGGAGACGUCUCACUUCCGCUGGCUGGCCAAAAUCCCACUGAUCCGUCUAGGCCCACUCUCGAUCAACUCUCCUCGGCAGUGGAUCGUUUGAAACUUCUACUUUCUGGCAAGUGUCCCUUUUGCCAAGCCUGGCAGACGAAUCACACAGACAAACUCUCCAGGUUUCAAACACAUCUUUUGGAAGAGCAUGGGAAUGAGCCACUUCUGUCGGCUUUUCUGGCUGCCCUACUCGCCUGUCCACCUGAUCUUCCAGCAGCGGCAUUCCAGCUUGAAGAAGCAUCGCCUCUGGUCUGCGGCUCUUUCGAUGCUCCAUCUUUUGGUGGAUUGCAGCGAAAUAUAAUUACAGAUACCAAUCAAGGCACUUUAAGCGUAAACUGCGAUCACAGCUUAGCCGGUACCAAAGAGUGUGCACUUUUGCUUGGCGAUGCGCCGCUUGACCUCAGUGCUGCGAAACCGGUCUCAGCUCAGACUAUUUCGUUCCCUCUGCCAUCCGGUCUUUCCAUGCCAGGGCUCCUGGGAGCAACUUAUCUGCGAACUUCCGAACCAACAGUAGCUCCAUACUCUAACUCGCCUAACCCAUCUCAACUUCAGCCACAACCCGUCCUGGUAAAUCCGUUAAGCCUCGGCUUCCCCGGGCUUGUUGCCCCCGGCGAUUUACAGCCUAGAGCCAAUAUUUCGUACAUUUCUGCAUCACCCAUCUGUCCUGUCUCGGUUUCCGGAAUGCCACAAGUCCUCCCGAUUCCCAAGGUCUCUUCUUCCUCACUCACUACCUCGGCUACCCUGACUUCUUGCUCUGCAUCCUCAUCUGCUACUCCUGCAGCGCCUAUCUCAGCGCCUCUAUUAUCCUCCUCCUCGUCUUCUUCUUCAUCAUCUUCCUCCUCUUCUUCCUUUUGCCUUGCUCGUGUCGGCCUUUCUCCCUCCUGCCUAGUCGGCCUCCAAUCGAACCCACCGGGACUGUUGAGUGGGACUAGUCCAGGCCAGGGGCAAGGAAGUCAGUCACGGCGAAACCGGACAAGCAUCAGCGCCUUCCAAGCGCGCUUUAUGCAUGCUAUCUAUCUGCACCACAGAACGCCAUCUGUACAUGAGUGCGACCGUUUAGGAGAAGCUAUUCGCCUUACGCGAGGUUCAACAGCCAAGCUGUCAGGUGACAGCACAAGAAACGGCGAACCAAAUGAGGAUCGUGGGGCUGAUAUGCUGAGAGGUGUCGGAUCUGAUGGAAGUGCAGCGUUUAUUGAACAUCUUUUUACCGAGCAACACAUGGCUAGGCUGAUGCGGCAAUGCAAUGAGGAAGUGAAAAAUUCAGCUGCUGUUGCCGAUCUUACAGCAGAUCUAGGAUCUAAUGUCACGGCUUUCGGAUUUGCCUCAGACAUUUCACUUGUGAGCACACCUAGAACUAGCAUGUCCUCUCCUUAA